AUGAAGUACUCCGCUGUCGCCCUCCUCGCUGCCCUCACUGCCUACGCUCAGGCCCAGUCCAUCGACCUUCCUGACCCCUCUUCCGUCAUUGGUGAUAUCUCUUCCCGCGUUGAAGGUGCUUCCUCUAUCAUCGACGAUGUCUCCUCUGCCGUCCGGGAUGCCUCUACCCGAAUUGAGGACGAGGUCUCUUCUCGCCUGAGCGAUGCCUCCACUGCUGUCGCCGGUGCCACCACCACCUUGACCGACGCGUCUACUGUCACUGAGUCUGCUGAGACCGGGAGCGAGACUGGAUCCGAGACUGGAUCCGACACUGAGACUGGAUCUGACACCGAGACCGGGUCCAAGACCGUCGACACCAGCUCUCUCAAGAGUGUUACCGAGGCCUUUGCCAGUGCCUCCGAGUCUGUCCAGGAAGAGCUUGACUCCCUCAGCUCCGUUGCCGCCACUGCCACCGGCGCUGCUAGCUCCUCUAUCGCCGACCAGAUCGCUGAGGCCACAUCCAAGAUUGGUGCCAUCGGCGGCAGUGCCAGUGCCGCUGUCAGCAGUGCUACUGAUGACAACGCUGGUGCCAUGCCUACCGCUGCUGUCGCUAUGGGUGCUCUCAUGGGCGGUGCCGCUAUCUUUGUCAACAUGUAA